CACUCGUGAUCGUAGAUUUGUAGUUCCUUCUCCUAGAUUUGUAGGAGAUUCUAUUCUUUCUUCACUAAAUGGUCCUCUCGUUGCUCCACAAAUAAUGUCUAAUGUCAGUGAGUGCGUACAGAAAAGACUCAUUUUUCCAGCUACCAAAUUGGAUGCUCUUCGAGCUAAGAUAGCAGUUGAAUCAGGAGUAGAGAACCCAACACGGGCUGAAGUUGUUAGUGCACUUCUUUACAAAUCUGCAACAAAGGCAGCAGCAUCAAGUUCUGCAAAUAUACAACCAUCUAAGUUGGUUCACUACUUAAAUGUACGUACGAUGAUCAAACCUCGUCUACGACGAAGUGCAAUUGGAAAUCUCGUUUCCACGUUCUCCACAACUGUUGGAACUGAAGCUUUCCGGUGUAAUCGCACAUGCGGACAAGUAGUCGCAAGUGCGAGCAGGUGCGCGCUGAAGCGAAGUGCGCAGGUGCGUAAAAUGCUUCGCAGGUGCGGAAUCGCACCUGCGCGAGAAGGAGCACAGAUGCGGGCAGAGGGCUGUGAGGCAUUGGUCGCAG